AUGUGGCCGCUCGCCCUGGCCGCGGUGCUGGCGGCGCUGCCCGCGGGGACGGUCCCCGAGCCGCCCCCGCCCGAGGCCGCCAUCUUCGCGGACCUGAGCGCCGAGGAGCUGCGGGCCGUGCGCGCCUUCCUCCUGGGGCGCCCCGAGCUGGCGCUGGCGCCCGGCCGCGGGGAGCCCCUGGCCAAGAACAGCCUCUUCCUCGUGGAGCUGCUGCCGCCCAAGAAGCGGCUGGCGCUGCGCUACCUGGACCAGGGCGGCCCUGCGCCGCGGCGCCAGGCGCGCGCCGUCGUCUUCUUCGGGGCGCAGGCGGAGCCCAACGUCACCGAGUUCGCCGUGGGGCCCCUGCCGCGGCCCAGCGCCUACCGGCCGCUGCGGCACAAGGGGCGGCGCGCGGUGCCCUUCGCCGCGCGGCCCGUCACGGCGCUCGAGUACGAGCUGCUGCAGCGCAAGCUGGCCGAGGCCACGGCGCCGCUGUACCGCCUGCUGCGCGACACCACCGGCUUCUGGCACCACAACUGCAGCGAGCGCUGCCUCACCUUCGCGGACGUGGCGCCGCGCGGGCAGGCRCCCGGCGAGCGCCGCACGUGGUUCAUGCUGCAGCGCUUCGUGGAGGGCCAUUUCCUGCACCCCGUGGGGCUGGAGGUGCUCAUCGAGCACAGCGCCGUCGACCCGCGCCGCUGGGCCGUGCAGCGCCUCUGGUACCACGGGCACUACUACGCGAGCGCCGAGGAGCUGGCGCGGCGCUACGAGCGCGGCGAGCUGCCCGCGGCGCGCCUGCCGCCGCCCGCCGCCCCGCUCUUCUCCAGCUACGUGCCCCGCGGGCGCUUCACCACCGGCACCGCCACCGACGUGCACGGCGCCAAGGUGUGCGAGCCGCAGGGCCGGCGCUACCGCCUGCGCGGCAACCGCCUCGAGUACGGCGGCUGGAGCCUGGCCUUCCGCGUGCGCUCCUCGGCCGGCCUGCAGCUCUUCGACGUGCGCUUCAACGGCGAGCGCGUGGCCUACGAGCUGAGCGUGCAGGAGGCGGCCGCCUUCUACGGCGGCCACUCGCCGGCCGGCAUGCAGACCAAGUUCCUGGAUGCCGGCUGGGGCAUGGGCUCCGUCACGUACGAGCUGGCGCGCGGCAUCGACUGCCCUGAGGCGGCCACCUUCGUGGACGUGCACCACCUGUACGACGCCGACGGCCCCGUGCGCUUCGCGCGGGCGCUCUGCGUCUUCGAGCUGCCCACGGGCGUCCCGCUGCGGCGCCACUUCGACAGCGACUUCCGCGGCGCCUACCAGUUCUACGCGGCGCUGGAGGGGCAGGCGCUGGUGCUGCGCACCACCUCCACCGUCUACAACUACGACUACAUCUGGGACGUGCUGCUCUACCCCAACGGCGUGCUCGAGGCCAAGGUGCACGCCACCGGCUACAUCCACGCCACCUUCUACACGCCGCAGGGCCGCCGCUACGGCAGCCGCGUGCACGCGCACGUGCUGGGCAACCUGCACACGCACCUCGUGCACUACAAGGUGGACCUGGACGUCGCAGGCACCGGCAACAGCUUCGAGACGCUGGAGCUGCAGCUGGAGAACAUCUCCAACCCCUGGAGGCCGGGCGAGCGCGUGGUGCAGCCGCGGCUGCAGCGGCAGCCCCGGCGCAGCGAGCGCCAGGCCGCCUUCCCGCUGGGCCAGGCGCUGCCCCGCUACCUGCUCUUCUCCAACCCGCGGCAGCGCAACCGCUGGGGCCACCGCCGCAGCUACCGCAUCCAGCCCAGCUCGCACGCGGGCCGCGUGCUGCCCCGCGGCUGGAAGGAGGAGAGGGGCAUCGCGUGGGGACGGUACCACCUGGCCGUGACGCGGCACCACGAGAAUGAGGCCACCAGCAGCAGCAUCUACGCCCAGAACGACCCCUGGGAGCCCGUGGUCGACUUUGAGAGCUUCGUGCGCGACAACGAGAGCAUCGAGGACCAGGACCUGGUGGCCUGGGUGACCGUCGGCUUCCUGCACAUCCCGCACGCCGAGGACGUCCCCAACACGGCCACCCCCGGCAACGCCGUGGGCUUCUUCCUGCGCCCCUUCAACUUCUUCGACGAGGACCCGUCGGUGGCGUCGCGCGGCGCCGUCAUCGUGCGGCCCCUGGCCGCGGCCGCGGCGCGCGUGCACAUCCAGCGCUGGACGCCCGCCAGCGCGGGGCCCUGCGUCUCCCCGGGGCCCUUCACCUACAACGGCACCUACUGGCAGGAGUGACCGGGCGGCCACCACCGGGACAGC